GAAGAGAUUAUAAAUGAAUCACUACUUGAGAAGAAAAGAAGGCGUGAGAUGGAAGGCCGUGUCAGACAGCGUGUGAUAAACAUGAAAUCUUUGGAAAGAGAGGAUGACCUGGAUAGUAUAGCUGCAAAGCUUAUUGACCAGAUUCAAGCUAUGAAGUUAAAGAGAUUUCAACUUGCAUUAGAACUCAAGAAUUUACUUAUUGAUGCUGUGGCUCACCGAAGAAAUUAUGCUGAACAUAACAUGGCAUCCCUUGAACUUGGGCUGAAGAUAAAAGAGAUGGAAGCUAAUGUGAAGCACCAAGAAAAAUUUGCUAUGCAAGCAUCUCUGCAUUAUGAGUACUGUAAAAAGGAGACAGAGGAAUGCCGACGGCAACUGGAAGCUGCCAAGAGGCAUGCAGAAUCAGUAGCCAUUAUAACUCCAGAACUAGAGCAGGCUUUUUGUGAGAUGCCAUCUACAAUUGAGGAAUUGGAAGCGGCUAUCCAAGACACCAUUUCUCAAGCCAAUUCCAUUCUUUUCCUGAACCAUAAUGUUCUAGAAGAGUAUGAAACACGUCAGAAAAAAAUAGAAUCUCUUUCAAAGACUCAAGAGAUGGAAGAAGAGAAAUUAAGCAACCUCAUUGAUGAAAUCAAUGCUUUAAAGGAAAGGUGGCUACCAACAUUAAGAAGUCUUGUUUCACAAAUCAACCAGACUUUUAGCCGCAAUUUCCAAGAAAUGGCUGUUGCAGGAGAAGUUUCAUUAGAUGAGCAUGCCAUGGACUUUGACAAAUAUGGGAUACUAAUUAAAGUCAAAUUCAGGGAGACCGGACAACUCCAAGUUCUAAGUGCCCACCACCAAUCUGGAGGAGAACGGUCUGUUUCAACCAUUCUUUACCUAGUUUCUCUGCAAGACCUAACAAAUUGCCCAUUUAGAGUGGUGGAUGAAAUAAAUCAAGGAAUGGAUCCUAUCAAUGAGAGGAAAAUGUUUCAGCAACUAGUGCGAGCUGCCAGCCAACCCAAUACACCGCAGUGCUUUUUGCUUACUCCAAAGUUGCUCCCUAAUCUGGAAUACAGCGAAGCAUGCAGCAUUUUGACUGUAAUGAAUGGUCCUUGGAUUGAGCAGCCAUCUAAAGCUUGGAGUGGUGGAGAGUGCUGGAGGUCUGUGAUGGGACUAAUGGAGGAACGUUGUCGCUGACUAGAAUCAGAAAUUCUUUAGGUAGAUUCGACCAGGAAUUGUCCAUAAGAAAAUUUUACUUGUUGAUCUGCCAUUUGCGCUAGUUACAAGCUGAAUCAUGGUCGCUCAGCUAUGUUUUUUUGAAAAAUCUGUUAAUACUGGCCCUUAUUCUUAAAUAACAUAAUUCUUUUGUACGCAUAGUUCCUAUUAUGCUACCCUUGUUUAUUGUGACAGAGAAAAUACGUCUGUUCUAAGGUACUCCUCUGUUCGAACUCCCAUUAAAAUGGUCCUCCAUUCUCUCUUUUAUAUUCAAUGUUUAUUUUUUUUGUAGAA